CUCGAUUCGAGCGAAAUGAACCAUUGAUAUCAUCCUCAUAGCAGUCGCGGACACUGUACUGGAAAGAUGGACCCUCUGGACCCCUCGAAAGAGCAUGCGCUUGAUGCGAAUCACGCGUCACACUUGACAGACGCAUCAGCUAACACCACCACCUCCGCAACACCGCAACAACCAAUUGCACCCAAUGCACCCGCAUGGUCAGCACAAAUGAACACAUUUCCUGCAAACGGUAACACCGGAGCUGGAUCUACUUUUCCUCAAUUCUCAGCUUCUACAGCUGCAAUUCUAGAAAGACUGCAGCAAGGCAAGUUAGGACAUGCUUCAACUUCAGCUGCAUUCGAAGCAAAGAAGGCCGAAAUUAUGCAGAACUACGCUACGAGCGACAAGUUGCCAACACCGCCGCCAGCGCCAACUGUAAGCAAGAAAGGCAGAGGAGGGAAAGCUGGGACACCAUUGAAGACGGAAGUUGGAGCGUCACCCUUGGGAACAACACCAACUUCAGGAAGAGGGUCGGGGAGAGGGAGGGGAAGGGGACGAGGGCGAGGGCGAGGUGGAAGAGGAGGUCGCGGUGGCAAGAGGAAGCGCUCUGAUAGUGCAGAAGAGGAGAGCGAUAAUGACGAUGACGAUUCCGAUGCCUCAGAAUCGUACACACCACAGCCUACACGCACAAAGUCAGGACGCAGUGUCAACAAGCCGGUCGCAUUCGUUCCAGUAAUACCAGAGCCAACGCCAGGCGUCAAGCGGAGGAAAUCGACCAAGACAAUGCUAGCCGCAAAAUGCAAAACGUGCCAGCGAGAUACGGAUCCGUCACAGAACAGAAUAGUAUUCUGUGACUCAUGUAGUACGGCAUAUCACCAGUACUGUCACAACCCACCCAUUAGCAAUGAAGUAGUCACAGUACUGGAGAAGGAGUGGGUAUGCGGGCCUUGUGCGCGGUCAAAGGAGAGCGUGGUGCAGGGGACAGAACACCUUGUCGCUGCAGAGAACUUGUCGAUAGACGAUAAACGCGCAUACCUUUCUACUCUCACACAGCCUCAUCUUGUCUCUCUCCUCCUUCAUGCUACAAUACGACAUCCAGAACUCCCUAUCUUCCCUCCAAACGUUAGCGCCCUACUUCCUGAUCCUGCGACCAUCGCCUCUCAACCACAGCCCCCACCCACUGCCACCGCAAUACAACCGACCGCCUCCACCGUUACUCCUCUCGCCCAAACAUCAAACACGUCUGCUUCUUCCUCAGAAACGCAGGUUCUGCGAGAAAUGGGGAUGCGCGCCCAACCGCGUGUGACUCUCGACAUGGCCGGCAACCGAUACGAAGAAGAUGAUGGAUACGACACAGAUCCGCCCGCACAUUAUCCCAAGGCAGGCCAGGGGUUGGCAAGAACGAUGCAGCCAGAGAGUGAGGACCUGCAAUGGCUGGUGGACGACAACUUUGAGGUGUUCAGCCAUGGGUGGAAGGGCGAUGGGAGUGGGUUGGGUGCCGAUGGCACACUGGACAACAAGGUCUAGGUGGCCGAUGCAGUUUUCGAGAAGCUGAAUGAAAAGGACACAGGGAAGGGGAAUAUCAAGAAGGUCAGGUUUGAGGACGGGAGGGGCUCCAAGGACGCUGCCACGGGCCGCAAUGACGAACUCAGCGAUAUGGACACAGAUGAACUGGAAGAGCUCAUCGAUUGAGCUUAUAUAUUUACAAGUGUCCAGUUGUGGACUACAACGAAUAGAUACACGAC